AUGUUCGACAAAUCCAUCAUUCAAGACAAGUCCAGAGAACUGUUGGCAGUAGAAAACCUUACUUUGGAGUCAGACGCUCUAACUAUCAUUAGAUUGUGCAAGGACCUUCUAACUAUCACGCGUGGCUUGCGGGAGACAUGGUGCUUAGGAACCAUGAAAGUUAAUACUAAUCAAGUUAACGAAAAGGCUAGCGACGAGGAGAUUCAAGCAGUCUUUAAGAAAUUCAACGAGCUAACUGAUCGUAUAUCUGCUCUCGAGAGAAGUUAA